UUUGACUAAUUAGUCUCUUGCCUUUUCUUUAGUCUAACUUUUUUAAUCUCUGAAAAUCACUUUUUAUUUCUUUAUGAGGGUAUUUUUGUUUUCUGGACAGUCAAUUUCUUCGUCUUUCGGACUAGUUGUAGAACACGGUCUUUUUUUUUUUCUUGCCAAUCGAUCUCUUGAUUUCCUUGCACUGGGGUUUUCUUCUUCUAAUCUACUUUCUCGAUUCUUCCUCCUGAUUCUCACUUAACGAUUCUUCCUCUUGAUUCUCACUUAACGAUUCUCUCUCAGUCGAAAGUUUGAGGGCAGAGCAGAGCAAAACACUGCUAAUAGAUGAACUGUCUGCGUCUCUUCUUCUGAUCUUCCUUCUGAUAUUCUCGGGUUCACCUUCUCCGAUUUUCCCUAAUCAAAACCCUGAGUAGGGAACACUGAUUUCGAAAGGUCUGAAGACUCGUUUUAUGUCUCCAAAUUUUAUGAGAAAGUUUGAUAUACCUGAACAAGUUGGCUAGAGCGACCGUGGACCAGGUUGGUUGGUAGUUUUCCAGGUAAGCUCCUAUGAGGAACGUCAACAUUGUGGACAUCUUAGAAUAUAACCUCAUCUCUCCACCAACAUUUGGUUUUGGGAAGCCCUUCAUGGAAAUGGGUUACCGUUCUCUUCUUUCUCUUUUUAUUGUAUCCAUAUUUUGUUGCAACUGCUUGGUUCAGGCUCAGCAGCAUUAUGUUGGAAAGGCCACCACAAAUUGCAGUAAUCUAGAUUCUUCAAGUACUGUUCUUGGAUACUCCUGUAAUGGCCGGAAGAGGAGUUGCCAGGGUUACCUCAUCUUCAGAUCCCAGCCCUCUUAUGAUACUGUUGCUUCCAUUUCUUCACUCUUGUCUUCUAAUUCAUCUCAGCUUGCCCAAAUAAAUUCUGUUCUUGAGAAUGCAACAUUUGAGACAAACAAGCUGGUGAUUGUUCCUGUCAACUGUUCCUGUUCCGGUCAUUACUAUCAGGCAAACUCUUCUUAUUCUGUAGUCCACGGAGAUACUGUUUUCUUGAUUGCAAACAACACCUUUCAAGGCCUUUCAACCUGUCAAGCUAUACAUAAUCAGAAUCCGAAGUCUAAACAGAAUUUGUUCUCUGGUACCAAAAUUAUGGUACCUCUUAGAUGUGCUUGUCCAACAAAGAACCAAACUGCUGCUGGUAUCAACUAUCUCUUGAGCUACACAGUUGUUUCUGGUGAUUAUGUCUCUAGCAUUAGUGAGAGAUUUGCAGCAGAUACUUGGGAGACACUUGAAGCUAAUGGCCUUUCUGAUCAAGAUUCCAUUAUUUAUGACUUCACUACGCUUUUAGUUCCCUUGCAGGAUCCACCUUCAAGUUCUCAGACCGUGGCGCCCCCUCCACCGCCAGCUUCACCUAAUCCUACACCUGCAAGCUCUCCCCCAAAGAAAAGCUCAAACAAGACAUGGGUUUAUAUUGUUUCCGGAGUUGUUGCUGGAAGUGCUCUUCUAUUAGUUUGUGGGGUGAUCAUUUUCUGUGCUGUAAUCAUUAGAAGGAAGAAGAAAUCAGAUUCAGUCAUUGUCUUAGACAGUGUUGAAGCAUGUGAAAAACCGGUGAAGAAGUUGGAGGAUGAAUCCGAGGACCUCUUGAGUAGUAUAGAAAGUAUAGCUCAGUCCCUCAAGGUGUACAAAUUUGAAGAACUGCAAUCUGCAACAGAUAAUUUCAGCACCAGUUUUUGGAUUAAAGGAUCUGUCCAUCGCGGCAUAAUUAAUGGUGAUUAUGCUGCCAUCAAGAAAGUGAAUGGAGAAGUGUCAAAGGAGAUAAAUUUAUUAAACAAGAUCAACCAUUUCAAUCUUAUCCGCCUCUCUGGUGUUUCCUACAACGAUGGACACUGGUAUCUGGUUUAUGAAUUUGUUGUCAACGGACCAUUAAGUGACUGGAUCUACUACAACAAUGGAAAUGGAAAGUACUUGAAUUGGACGCAGAGGAUCCAGAUUGCCUUGGAUGUAGCAACAGGGCUUAACUAUCUCCAUAGCUUCACCAAUCCGCCUUACAUCCACAAGGAUAUAAAAAGCAGCAAUGUUCUUCUUGAUGGUGAAUUAAGGGCAAAGAUUGCAAAUUUUACUCUAGCAAGGUCGGCAGCGGGGGAAGAAGGUGAGUUUGCAUUGACCAGGCACAUUAUUGGGACAAAGGGUUACAUGUCUCCAGAGUAUUUGGAAAAUGGAUUAAUCUCUACAAAGCUUGAUGUUUAUGCAUUUGGGGUUCUUAUGCUGGAGAUCAUUACUGGGAAGGAGGCUGCUGCAUUGUGUGGUGAGGGAUAUAUGGACUCAUCCAACAUCCUAAGCAGAGUGCUGGAUGAGGAAAACACAAAGGAGAAUGUGAGGCACUUAGUUGACCCUACUAUGCAAGAAAAUUAUCCUUCUGAACUUGCCAUUUUUGUAGUGAGAUUGAUAACCGAUUGCUUAAAGAAAGACCCUACAGCUCGCCUGGCAAUGGAUGAAAUUGUGCAGUGUCUCUUAAGAAUCCUGGCCAGUUCAUUGUCAUGGGAAACGUCAAGGAAACAAAGUGUUGGUGGGAGCUAUUGAUAGCACUGCGAUGGAAAUGGAGUCUUGGACUAGGUUUUGUCAAAGAUAGCAGUUUACAGUUAUGCUUUUUAAUUUGUAACUGUUCUUUUUAGUUUUCUGCCAUUAGUGUUUAUGUUUUCUGGUAGUUUUCUUUUGCAAAAACUGCUAUGUACGAGUUGUAUAUAUUUUCAGCAACUCCUAUGUCUUCAGAUGAAUCUGAAAUGAAAGAGAGCUCCAUAUCAGAGAAGCUCUAGUUCUGAAUUUUUG